UCCCAAACCACGGCCCCCGCAGCAGCUCAAGCUCAAACCAGCCAAGAAGAAGAAGCAGAGCAGAGCACCUGGGAAAUGCAGAUGGACUCCUACUACUCCUUCCAAGACGACUCCCACUUCUUCGCCGGCGCCGGUGGCAUACCGGGCUCGCCGGACCUUCCCUUCGCCGACCUCAUUGCGUCCCUGUCCGAGCCGCUGCCUGCGCCCGCGAGCCAGAGCGCCUUCCAGGACUACCGCGCCACCGCCGGGACGCGAGGAGGAAGGAACGGUAACGUUAACAUCCACCGGAGGAUGAUGGGCGUGCUGGGCAGGAUGGCUCCCGGCUCCGGCGAGGAGGAGGAGGAGCUGCCGCAGCAACAGGAGCAGAAGCAGCAGCACGUGGGCGCCGUCGAGAGCAGCCGCGGCUUCCGCCACAUGAUGCGCGAGCGCCAGCGCCGCGAGAAGCUCAGCCAGAGCUACGCCGACCUCUACGCCAUGGUCUCCUCCAGGUCCAAGCAGGACAAGAACUCGAUCGUGCAGUCCGCGGCGAGCUACAUCCACGAGCUCAAGGUCGCCAGGGACCAGCUCCGGAGGAGGAGCGAGGACCUCAAGGCCAAGAUCCUCGGCCACGACGCGCAGCAGCCGUGCGUCAAGGUCCAGUUCGAGGUCGACGAGCCUUCCUCCUCCAUCGACUCCAUGAUCGGAGCACUCAGGUCCCUCAAGUGCAUGAAUGUCAAGACGAGGGGGAUCAGGUCGACGCUGGCCGGCCAUCGACUGACGACGGAGAUCAAUGUCGAGACAACGAUAGCGGCUUCUGAAGUAGAGAAGGCCGUAGAGGAAGCUCUCCAGGAAGUCGAGAGGAAGCAGCUGCCUGCAGACAGCGAUAACACGUUUCCUGGAAGCAGGAGCAGCAACUGGCCUCAAUCCCAUGUGCAGAACGUGUUUUAAUCAGUUUAUAAACACGAAGAGCACGGUCCUGGAACCCCAUUUGUGCACUAAUUGUUUCUCUUUUUCUGACGGAGCAAGUGAGAAUCUCCACGUGCCAUUUCCUUCAGAGUCUUGUUUCCUGGAUCUUCCUCCUCUGGAGCAGUGGGUUUUUAAGAAAGUUCUGAAGACGCAAGUAGCUUGCCUAGUUGUGCUGACAGUGAGGUCGACUUGGAUCAAAUGGGUUGGAAGAAUCGGAGAGCAGCAACUUGCACAUUUGGCCGUGUGCUAGCUUAAUGACCAGAUGCAGCAACCGGUGUUGUUGUUUGGCUCUAACUGGAGCUAUCAAGGGCCCAACUACACGCCAGCAGCACGAAGAAGAAUGAUAAGGACAGCCGUACGUGGGUGCCGACAGCUGAGGCUGUAAAUUUGUAACCACCCGAUUUUUCAAGCAUAGUAUACCAAGUUUGUUAAUUGCACAAAA